GAGAAAGCCAGAUUGCAACUUUUUUGGGGGGGGGCUAAAAUUUCUGUCUGGUCUUGUUUUGACUAAUUAAUAUUUUGUAAAAUUUUAAACAGAUUGAAAAAAAGAAACAAAUCAGAAACCACAAUUGAAGAAAAUGUUCAUGUCAAAUCACAUGCAGUGGCUGAAUUCAUAAAAGACAGAAAAUCCCAAGACUGGCAGCAUUUUACGAAGUCUGAUGAGGUGAAAGUGAGUUUUGACCCAAAGAAACCCUGGAUCAAACUGUCUGGAGAGCGUACAUUUGUCCAGCCAGCUGUGACUUUCUUUAAAAGUUUGGAAGAUGGUCUCUACACAGACACAUUGAUCAUUAAAAAGGCAGGAGCAAAGAAGUACUUCAUGGAGCAGGGUAAAAUGAGGCUUUCAUUGUUUGCGAGGGAAAAUGGAUUUGUGGCAGUGCUCCAGGAAGAUGACAUGCUGGAAGAGGAGAAGGAUGAUAUAUCUCAAGAGUCAAAGAGUAGAGUCUCCAGUUCCUGUUUCAAGGUUUACACUAUGCAAACAGGUCACCUGACUCUGAAAGUUUCAUCAGGGGACAUAACCAAAGAAAACACCGAUGCAAUUGUCAACUCCUCAAAUAAGCAGUUUUCUUUAAAAUCAGGGGUAUCCAAGGCAAUUUUAGAUGGUGCUGGAUUACAAGUAGAACAGGAAUUAUUAAAAAUGGCUAGAAAAGCAAAUGAUCAGGAAACAGAGAUUGUGACCUCAUCUGGCAAUCUCCCAUGUAAAGAAAUCAUACACAUUGUUGGAUCUAGUAGUCCAGCUGAUAUUCAGCAAAAAGUUUUGUCUGUUCUGAUGCUAUGUGAGAAUCGGAAAUUUUCCUCUGUUGCCUUCCCGGCUCUAGGCACAGGUCAAGGUGGAGCUAAUCCAGCUGAUGUUGCAGAUGCAAUGAUCAGUGCAGUUGUUGAAUUUUCAAGCAAAAAAACAGAUCAUGUCAAAAAUGUGGAGUUCAUUAUAUUCCAAUCAAGUAUGUUGGCUGACUUUCAUCAAAGCAUGCUAAAAAGUACCAAGUCAAAGAAAAGCUUGACUUGCAGGAUUAAAGGUGAAAACAUUUUGUUUAAAGAAAUUGAGCCUGCUGUGUUUCAGCUAUGUAGUGAGACAACAGAGUGUUUGAGUAAGGCCAGUCCCAUCAUCAACGGCAUGAUUAACAAGGAGCAAAUUAAUAAAACAAUCCGUGAUCCAGCCAUUGCUCAUUUCACCAAAAAGGAAUUGAAAAUACUAAGGAAAAUGGAAAAGGAACUCAAAGUAAAUGUCAUAAUUGAGAAGAAAGAACAAGAAUCCUACAUUACAUUGAAGGGCCUGACAGCAUUUGUUUACACUGCAGAAAGUCGUAUUCGGGACAUUAUCCGCAAAGUGGAAAGGAUUGAAAACCGAAAAAGGGUGGCGAUAUUGACCAGCAGUACAGUUGAGUGGCAAUAUCGAAGUGGUCGCAAAUUUAAGCCAUUUGAUCCUUUCACCAACUGCGAUUUGGAAGAAGCCUUCAACCUCCAAACAACUUCUGUGCAAAUCAAGAUUAACAGUGAAGUGUAUAAUGCAGACAUAGUUUACAAAAAGGCCACAAGAGGAGGAAAAAAAAUCAAAAAGUUGAGAAAUAAAAUCACAUGUGUUCAAGGUGUUUUGGUUUGA